UUUGACGCACAAUUACAAUACAAGGCCAGCAGGAGUCAAAUGUUUGACGAUAUCCACACAUAUGUAACAAUGUCCUUAACCAAUGGAAAUUACCAUAUAUAUCCCUGCAAAAAAUCCCACCUCCCCUUCCUCACCUUGACGGCCACCUUCGGGCUCCAUUAUCUGCACCUGACCAUCAUUAGAUCGAAGAAGAAGAAAGAUCAAGUACCUCUUUUUCUUCUUCGAUCUCUAAAUACUUACCUAGAACAUACGUACAAUUUAUGAAUGCACAUUAAGUAAUUGAAGGAUUAAGUACGUACAUACGUACUUGAUUCAAUUGCUCUUGCUACCUAGUCAUACCAUCGAAAUUAUCAUAUAUUAUGCACCCUGGUCCUAAUCAACAUCCACCGCCACACAUGAUGCAUCAAGAUCCAGGUUAUCCAGGUCCCAAUGGCCGGAAUCCUCCUCGCUUUAAUGGCCAGUACCGCCCUAAUGGGCACCGCAAAAACAGUUGUCUGCGAUGCUACUGUUGGUGUUGUUGUUGCAUCUUCGUAAUCCUAGUGGUAAUCAUUGCUGCCGUGGCCAUCAGCCUAGUAAUUAUCAAUCCCCGUAAGCCCAAAUACAGUAUUAGCGACUUCUCUGUCAAGGCAUUCAACCUCACCCCUCAUUACAACCUCCAUGCGCAAUUUGUGGUCACGGUAAAGGCCGAGAAUCCCAACAAAAGAAUAUCCAUUGUAUAUGGGAAGGGCAGCACCGUGCAGCUCAAGUAUUCCGGGAUGAAACUUUGUACCGGGGUGGUCCCACAUUUUCGUCAACCGACGAGAAAUACCACCUUGAUGGACGUGGACUUGAGAGGAGACUUGAAAGGGAGUGACUUUGAGGGCCCUAUCGGGGAGUCACUUAUGCAGAAAAUCAAGAGUGGCAGGAUCCCUGUGACUGUUUCGGUUAGGGUGCCGGUCAAUGUAGGACUCGGAGCAUACAAUGUAUUGCCGGAUCCAAUCGGGAUUUAUGUUGACGCCUCCAUGGUGGUCAACAAUUUGUCCCAGCCAGAUAAGAAAGUACAGAUUUCAGACCCUAAAUAUCACUUUAAUUUUGGAUAUAAGUUCAAGAAAUGAUAAAUUCAUGAAUGUCAUAACUUCGAAUUCAAAAUAUGUACAAGGUGGGAAGUUAAGCAUUUGCACGGCAAGCUAUUUGCUUAAUUUCUGCAGAGGGAAGAUCGAUUGCAUGGUUAGUUAUUAUGUGGUUCUUGCACACAACAGAAUUUCCUUUCUUUUCUUUCAAAUGUAAAAUAUACAAAAAUCAUUGCAUCUUUCACUUUAGUAGCACCGGUACUCUCGUACAAGAACAAUCUUGUAGAUAGAUUGCAUAUCAAUUAAGAAAAUUUCAUGUUAGCGUUUUUGUAAAUAAGUCUUUUUUUUUUUUUUUUUUUUGUGUGUGUGUGUACGUGCAUGGUUUAUGGGUGCUUUCGUUCAAGAACCACCUUUAUAUACACACACACACACUAGAAAGAAAACAAAACCAAAUAUUAAUUUGCUUUCUAUGGGUGCAUUGGCAUAGAUAAGUGUUAUAAUAUGUCGGAAGGUUCAUGGGACAGAAACAUAUAAUUAAUUAAGAAUAAACUGAUCAUGAAAUUUUUUUGCACAUAUUAUUUCCCUUCAAUUUUGAGAAGAAAUUGAUCAUGAAAACAUUGUGGAUUGGAUCAAUCGGAUUGUGAAAUAGACAAUAAAUCUGUCGUGUCAAAAUGCAAAUGUGCCUAAAAUUAAUGAGUUGAUUGAAAUCUCUAUUGUGCG